CGCGCUCCGCCCGCCCUGAGAGCAGAGCACCGGUCACCGAGGCACAGGCGCCCUCGCUCACCUCGCUGACUCCAUCCUAUUCCAGCCUCCCCGGCGCUCCCUCCUCCGGGCCGGGCAAGCCAGGACCCACUCCGCCCCGCUCCGCGGCUCAUUGGCCACCCGGGCCUGCCCCGUCUCCAUAAAUACUGGUCCCCGGGCAUGGACCGUGGAGAGGAAAAACCCAGAGCCCGAGGCAUCUCUGCUACCCUCCCUGACAUCUCCACUUCGCGGCUCCAGAGCCGGAAUUCAGACUUGCAGACCCAAGGGCAGACCAAUAUCCCUUCCCUUCGCCUUCCAAGAGGCCCCGGCCCCGGCUGCCCUCCCCUCUGCGGCCGCUCGCCGUCACCUGCGCCCUGAGGCUGCAGCACAGCGCAGCCAGAGCAUCCUCGCCCCGGUCCUUUCCGUCCCUCUUCCGCCCCCUCCAUCACCUCUGCUGGUCCUCCUUGCCUCUUUCCCAGAGUCGCCGCUCUCCCCAACCCAGCGGGCGCCCCUUUGCCAGCCUCGCCCUCCUCGGUCCCCGCGUGGUCCCCCGCGCCCAGCCUCCCUGCGGCUAUGAGCUCCCCCAUCAGGAAGAGCCGCUCCCUGGUCGCCUUCCUGCAGCAGAUGCGCAGCCCCGGGCAGCCCCCCCGACCCGUGACAUCCACGGCGUGCGCGCCCCCUCGGCCGCCCGAGGUGCCCCUCUGCCCGCUGCUGGGACGCGGCGAGGCGCAGAGCGCGGCCGCCCUGCCCGGCCCCACCAACUGGCCACUGCUGGGGAGCCUGCUGGAGAUCCUCUGGAGAGGGGGGCUCAAGAAGCAGCACGACACUCUGGCGGAGUUCCACAAGAAGUACGGCAAGAUCUUCCGCAUGAAGCUCGGCUCCUUUGACUCGGUGCACCUGGGCUCGCCCGGCCUGCUGGAAGCGCUGUACCGCGCCGAGAGCGCGUACCCGCAGCGGCUGGAGAUCAAACCCUGGAAGGCCUAUCGCGACUACCGCCAGGAGGGCUACGGGCUGCUCAUCCUGGAAGGGGAAGACUGGCAGAGGGUCCGGAGUGCCUUUCAGAAGAAACUAAUGAAACCGGUGGAGAUUAUGAAGCUGGACGGCAAAAUCAAUGAGGUCUUGGCUGAUUUUAUGGGCAGACUGGACGAGCUCUGUGAUGAGAGAGGCCACGUUGCAGACUUAUACAGUGAGCUGAACAAAUGGUCAUUUGAAAGCAUCUGCCUUGUGCUCUAUGAGAAGAGAUUUGGGCUCCUCCAGAAGAACGCCGGGGAUGAAGCCUUGAACUUCAUCAUGUCCAUCAAAACAAUGAUGAGCACAUUUGGGAGGCUGAUGGUCACCCCGGUGGAGCUGCACAAGACUCUCAACACCAAGAUCUGGCAGGCCCACACGCUGGCCUGGGACACGAUUUUCAAGUCAGUCAAAUCUUCCAUUGACCGCCGGCUGGAGAAGCACGCGGAGCAGCCCGACGCGGACUUCCUCUGUGACAUUUACCACCGCAACCAGCUCUCCAAGAAAGAGCUGUACGCCGCCGUCACGGAGCUCCAGCUGGCGGCCGUGGAGACGACAGCAAACAGCUUGCUGUGGGUCCUCUACAAUUUAUCCCGUAAUCGCCGUGUGCAACAAAAGCUGCUGGAGGAAAUUCAGAGCGUGCUGCCUGAGGAUCGGGUGCCGCGGGCAGAGGAUGUGAGGAAUAUGCCGUAUCUAAAGGCCUGUCUGAAAGAGUCCAUGCGGCUUACGCCCAGUGUGCCGUUUACAACCAGGACUCUUGACAAGGCGACCGUUCUGGGUGAAUAUGCUUUGCCCAAAGGAACGGUGUUGAUGCUAAAUACCCGGGUGUUGGGGUCCGACGAAGAAAAUUUUGAAGGCGCCAAUCAGUUUAGGCCCGAACGGUGGCUUCAAGAGCAGAAGAAGAUCAACCCUUUCGCCCACCUCCCAUUCGGCGUUGGGAAGAGGAUGUGUGUGGGGCGCCGGCUGGCCGAGCUGCAGCUGCACCUGGCCCUGUGCUGGGUGAGGCCCCCGCUGCCUGCCUGUGUCCUGUGCUGCUCCGCAGGGCGGGGCCAGGGCUCAUUCCCUCUCUGUGCACCUGUGUUCCAGAUCGUCCGCAAAUACGACAUCCUGGCCACGGACCAUGAGCCCGUGGAAGUGCUGCACUUGGGCAUCCUGGUGCCCAGCCGGGAGCUCCCCAUCGCCUUCUGCCAGCGAUAAGAGGCCUCGGUGAAUGGUGCUGUGGCUGCCGCAAGACUCAGCAGCGGACUACACCAGCCGGAGCGUGAGACGGCACAGGGGACCUUUGAUGCUGUGUUUAUUUCUUUCUUCUGUGUUUCUGCUCCUGAAGCUGCACUGUCCGUGGUGGCAGUGAAGACAGCGGACUCAGAGGGGCGGAUUGAGAGCUGUAAUACCGGCACUCCACAGGGUAGAGUGCAGCGUACACGUGACCAAUGUCGGCAGCAUCCUGACUUAAGUUGCCCAGGAUCUUGCUUCCUCCUGCAUUUUCCAUGUCAGUUAGUUGGGUACCAGUCAGACAUUUCUGUCCCUGCCCCACCCAGCUCUCCACUUGAAUCUUUACUGCUUCCAAAUAAGUUUACAGAAUCACAACACCUAGCGUAGCUCCAUUGUCUGGGGCUCGGGAUAAUAUGGAUAGUCCAUUUAUUGUAACUCUGCUAAUGUAUUAUUUUUUGGGGAAAAAUUUUUGCACUUUAAAAUAGGAACAUCAUCAGGGAAUGAGAGGACACCUCUAUUUUAAGAAGUGCUUUGAUGAAGUCAGAAUCUCCUCUCUGAGAAGACCUUAAUGGCUUACUGUGGCAUCAUUAAGUUUUUUUUUUAAUUUUUUAUUAUUUAGUGCAUGUAUCUUCUCUAUGACAUUCAGGAGCUGGAGGAACAGUUUUAAAUUGUAUGUGGAUGGGUAUAUUUUAAUGGAAAUUUGCUUGUGUCAUUUUUAAAAAAAUGUAUGGUAUUUCAUUUAUGAUCUGUGGUCUGGGGCAAUAUUAUUGUUCAGCCACAGUUCAAAAACAUUUAGUGACUUACCAUGCCUUAAUGUCCCCAUCUAUAGAAUGGGCCAGUAGCAAAGUGUACAUACAUUAUAGAUUAACUGUAUGGGACAGUGCAAAAGUAGGUCUACAGUUGCUCAAAUAA